AUGAUCGGUAUACCAGUAAAUCAUAAUUCAGUGUAUAUACCUGUUGUUCAAAGUGGAUGUUUGAAAGCAGAAUUUGAUUCAACAUAUCCAAUUCAUCUUAAUGGAAUAAUUAGUCAAAAUGAAUUUCAAGAAUCAAUUCAUAAAAUCAAUCACACAAUUGCUUCACGUAAAAUUUUAUUACUUGUAGGCAUUAUUUUUAUUUUGAGUAUAAUAACUGGUAUGAUAUUAUUUAUUGUUGGUGCGGUAACAGCAACUAGUUCUUUUCAACGUCGUGGAUUUCCUGCAUUAAUUGGUGUUGGAGUAGCUAUAACUAUACUUGGAAUAAUCUUUUUUACUAUUUCAUGUUGUACUCUACAAUUUCGACGUGCAGAUAGAAUGCGACGAGCAAUUGCAGAAGAAUCAAGAAAAUAUUCUUCUCGAUCACCAAUACCAUGUAGUUGGAGAUUAGAUUCUACAACAAGUUAUGGUGGGUAUUAUGGAAAUCAACAUAGACAUCAAAUAGUUUAUCAUUUAGUAAUUGAUAUUGGUCGUUCUAUUGCUCCUGGAAAUGUAGCAUACUAUCCUAAUCAAGUUGCUCCGGAUCAAUCAAUAGCGUUUGGUGGACAAAGUAACUAUGCACCUCCACCUUAUCCUGGUCAAUCAACAGGAUUCUGUUCUCAAUGUAAUGCACCACGACAAGCUCUCACAAGUCAAUUCUGUUCAUCAUGUGGACAUUCAUUUAAUAAAUAUUAA